UUGUUAACAUUCUCCAUUUGUACACUGCAAUCGGGGAGAAUCUUCGCUCUGCCAAACGCCGUUUUUGGGAUUCAGAGUUUUUGUUUGUGUUUUUGCUAGUUUUAUGGUUUUUGUGCUUUUGAUUUUGGUUGAAGAAUGAAACAGCUAGAAAAAGGUUCAUGAGGGACGAUUCUUUCUCACACCUUGUUAGUAAUUAAUCAUAUGGCGGAGUUUGGUAUGAACUUGAUUCGCUGAUUCAACUGUUGCGCAUCACCUGUGAUCUGUUUUGUGUUGAGACUAAAAUGUCUAUAUCAGGGUUUGAAGGGCAAUGUAGUAAUGACGAGAGUAGAGAGAGGAGGUCUGAUGUUGAGAACUCCGAAGAUGAGAGGAGGUGGUCGAGAAUUGGGACCUUGAAGAAGAAGGCGAUGAGUGCUUCUUCUAGAUUCACUCAUUCUCUUAAGAAAAGAGGGAAAAGGAAAAUUGAUUACAGGAUUCCCCCUGUGUCUAUUGAGGAUGUGAGAGAUGCUGGGGAGGAGACUGCUGUCCAUGAAUUGCGCCAAAAACUUGCUGAAAGGGGUUCUUUGCCUCCUAGGCAUGAUGACUACCAUACAUUGUUAAGGUUUCUUAAAGCCAGGGAGUUUAACAUUGAGAAGACAAUUCAGAUGUGGGAGGAAAUGCUUGCAUGGCGAAAGGAAUAUGGAACUGAUACUAUCCUUGAGGAUUUUGAAUUUGGAGAGCUGGAAGAAGUAUUGCAGUAUUAUCCUCAAGGUUACCAUGGGAUUGAUAGGGAAGGUAGGCCAGUUUACAUUGAGAGACUUGGGAAAGCCCAUCCAAGUCGCCUAAUGCGCAUCACUACAAUAGAUCGAUAUUUGAAAUAUCAUGUCCAGGAGUUCGAGAGGACUCUGCAUGAGAAAUUUCCAGCAUGUUCCAUUGCAGCAAAGAGACGGAUUUCUUCGACAACAACAAUAUUGGAUGUACAGGGCCUGGGAAUGAAAAAUUUCUCACGCACUGCUGCAAAUCUCUUGUCUGCUAUGGCAAAAAUAGAUAGCAGUUACUAUCCUGAGACAUUGCAUCAAAUGUAUAUUGUCAAUGCUGGUUCUGGGUUUAAGAAGAUGCUUUGGCCUGCUGCACAGAAGUUUCUUGAUUCCAAAACUGUUGCUAAGAUACAGAUUGUUGAACCUAAGUCUUUAUAUAAAUUACUGGAAGUCAUUGACUCUAGUCAGUUGCCAGACUUUCUGGGUGGUUCUUGUACAUGUGCCUCAGAAGGUGGAUGUCUUCGGUCUAACAAGGGCCCAUGGAAUGAUCCUGACAUCAUGAAGCUGGUACAUAAUGAGGAGGCAAAAUUUGUGAGGCAAAUCAUUAAAUUACCUGAUGGACAACACAAAUUUGACUCCUUUCAAAUGCACCAUCCAUUGAAGGAACGAUGCUGUGAUACAUCAACAGCUGAAUCGGGGUCUGAUAUGAAUGAAUACUCCUCUCCCAACAGAUACAGCAGUUGUCCAUAUCCUUAUUUAGCCCCAGUUCGUGAAGAAGUUAAAGUACCAGAUCUCAAUGGCUACUACAGUUGUGAUGGCUCUCUAGCAGUGGAGAAAGUGAUUGAAAGUGAUCAUUUUCGCCUUAAUCAAGAGCAGCCAGCGCAAACUAAUGAUGUAGGCAAUGUUGCUUGUAGAACAGAUUCAGGAGAUUUUUUUUCAGGUACUUCUGGCAGCAGUUGGUUCGGCAUUGUUAAGGACAAAAUAGAGAAAAUAAAUGUCUUAUAUGUGGCAAGAGUACUGACAUUUUUCACAGAAAAAUUAGUUACACUCCUCCGCUAUUUAACAUUCGAAUUUUGGAGAACGCAGAACAAUAUUCACCCAUCGAUUACCAUGGAACGUAGCAUUCAUAACCAUUCAGCAGCUGCUGAAGCAGGUUCUGAAAGAGAAUAUAUUCUUCCGUGUAUACAACGUCUUCAGAGAAUAGAAAAAGUCUUCGAGGAACUUAGCAACAAACCUGAUGGUAUGCCGCAGGAGAAGGAGAAAAUGCUCAUGGAUUCCAUGGAUAGGAUAAAAUCUGUUGAGUUUGACCUUGAAAAGACCAAGAGGGUACUACAUGCUACAGUGAUGAAGCAGCUUGAGAUUGCUGAUUUGCUGGAGAACUUGAAGAAAACAAAGUACCGACAAAGAAGGCUAUUCUGUUGAACCAUUUAAACAUUCAGCAACACAGGUCAUUGGAACCACAGAAAAUAUUUCCAUCAAAGAGAAGACGGUGCAAGCCUACACCUAGAUUGGACCAACUAAAGCUGAGGCAACGGAGGACACAUUUCAAGCAUAAUAAGUUUCGGUAGAGCAUACAUAGAAACAGGAGGAAUCGAGAUGGUACACAGUCCACUUUCUUUUUAUAAAUAUGAUUAUAAUAAAAUAUAUAAUAUAGAUUUCCUUUCAAAUUUUCUUUGUAAUUUUUCGCAGUAAAUAAAUAGGUGUAAAGGUGUAAUUAUGCAUGGACGAGAUAUUCUCUUAAGUUUAGACAGUUUUUGAGAAUAGAAAGAAAAUGAAAAAGUUUAUACUGCAGAAA